CAUCACUUCACCACUAUAACAUUCCUCUACCUCUACCUUUACCUUACGCCUUUCCCUCUUCCUUCUUCCCCUAUAAAAAGCAACUCCCACUCAAAUUCUUUCAUGCAAAACUUUAGAACACAACCAAAACACUCUCUCGAACUUUCCAGAACUUCGUAUAGCUAGCUAACAAUGGGAGACUAUCACAACGGCAACGCCUUACUAAGAUACAACUCCGGUGACGCUCCGUUCGAAGACCGUCGAUUCUCCAAGCUUAUUCAUGAUAAUGUCCAUGGCAACAUCCAUCUCGAUCGCCAAUCUCUGAAGUUCAUCGACACUGAACAAUUUCAGAGGCUUCGCGAUUUGAAGCAGCUAGGUCUUACAUACAUGGUUUAUCCUGGGGCGGUGCACUCUCGGUUUGAGCAUUCCUUAGGGGUCUAUUGGCUGGCCAGUGAUGCUGUCCGCAGACUUAAGACCUAUCAAGGACUGGAGCUUGGCAUUGAAUCUUUUGACAUACAGACUGUGAAACUUGCUGGAUUACUACAUGAUGUGGGUCAUGGGCCAUUCAGUCACAUGUUUGAGCGUGAAUUUCUUCCUCGGGUUCGUGGCGGCAUUAAAUGGUCCCAUGAAGAUAUGUCUUUGAAGAUGAUAGACUAUAUUGUUGAUGAGCAUAGCAUUGAUAUUGACUCUAACAAAUUGAAGAAAGUAAAGGAAAUGAUAGUUGCUUCUAAGGAAGGUAAAUCAGAGAGCUUGAAAGAGAAGCAGUUCUUGUAUGACAUUGUUGCUAAUGGGCGAAAUGGAAUAGAUGUUGACAAAUUUGAUUAUAUAGAGCGUGACACCAGAGCUUGUGGUCUUGGGUGCAAUUUUCAGUUCCAGAGGCUAAUGGAAACAAUGCGUGUUAUAGACAAUGAAAUAUGUUAUCGGGCGAAGGAAUAUCUUACAAUCCACAAGCUUUUUUCUACUCGUGCUGAUUUGCAUCGUACGGUCUAUAUGCAUCCAAAAGUGAAGGCAAUAGAGCUCAUGGUUGUAGAUGCCUUGAUAAAAGCCAAUGAGCAUUUUCAAAUUGCUGCACAAAUCGAUGAACCAGCUCAGUACUGGAUGUUAGAUGAUACAAUAGUCAAAAGAAUUGAAACUUCCACCCAUCAAGAUCUAGAGGAAUCCAGAAAUCUGAUUCGUCGAAUUCGGAGGAGGGACAUAUACCAGUACUGUAAUGAGUUUGCUGUGCCCAAGGAGAAUCUGGAGCAUUUUAAAAAUGUUACGGCUCAAGACAUAAUUUGUUCCCAGAAUUCUGAUGCUCAUUUGAAUGAGGAAGAUGUCAUUGUUACUAAUGUCAAAAUUGAUUUGGCUAGUGGAAAGAAUAAUCCAUUGGAAAGGAUCAGCUUCUUCCAGGAUUAUGAUAGCUUUGAGAAAUUACGUUUAAAGGAUGGUUGCAUCAGUCACUUGUUGCCUGUGUGUUAUCAGGAUAUGAUUGUUAGAGUUUAUACCAGGAAACCUGAACUGGUAGAAGCUGUUUCCAAAGCAUUUGAGAAUUUUCAGAUUAAGACUUAUGGGAAGAAAACGCAAGUGCAUGCUACUCCUGAAAAGAAGAAAUGCCUGAAGUACAAGGAAAAAUGAAUGGCUAUAUAUCUGAUUCUAGCCAGAUUUACAUUCUGUGGAAACAACACACUUCAAGGACAAAUCAAGCUACAGACAGAAAGAAUAUCAGUCUUAUAAGGAAACAAUCAAUAUGAGGUGGUCAAAGCUGAACAUGGAAAGCAUAUCAAUUAGCUACUCGAGCCUUACAAGGAAGCUAAGCUAUUAAUAUGAGGUGAUCAAAGCUGCACAAGGAAAGAAUAUCAAAUCAACUAUUCAAGACCCUGUGCAUAAUUACUGAAAUCAAGGUUUUGGAAGAUUCACAACCACCAUAAAAGGAAGAAGACAUCAAUGCAUUUUUAUCACGCUGGAGAACAUCCUUACCUGAAGACUCAUCAGUCAAUCACCAAGAUCUGUGAUCUCAGCUCAUAUCACUCAAAUCAUUUCAAGAGUGAUUGAACCCAAUCCCUGGAUUACCUUAUUGAGCCAACUAAUCAAGAAUCAAACGAACGAUUCUUGAUCUCUCCCCUAGAUUGUUUAUAAGCUCUCUUUGUACAUCUUGAGCAAAAAGUACUAUUUCUAAUCUUAUCAGUGCACUGUAAUCAUAAAAUGCAAUUCUGUUACGAAAAAAAAAAGGAGAGGAGAUAAUAGAUAGCUUUACAAGUUGAGAAUGUGACCUGAAAACGAACUGAAGUCAAAUUGCGAAAAAAUAGAGGAGAUAAUAGAUAGCUUUACAAGUUGAGGGUGUGGACAUGAAAAUGAACUGAAGUCUGUUUCAAUUCAAGAGAAAAACAUAAAACCACUCACUGUACUCUGCUGCGUCAAUUUUGCUCUAAGCGAACCCUUGUAACUCAAGAGAACUGGAAGUAGGCACCAUAAGGGUGUUCUGAAUCAGUAUAAAUCAUUGUGUCUUUAUUUUUA